AUGUUUCCUACUCGUGCUCUACUGGCGCGCUCCGUGUGGAAGGGCCCGAAUAUCGUCCCUCUCCCCCUCCCCCGGAAACUGCCCGCUCCCCCCGGUACACCCCCAAUCAAGACACAGAAGCGCGCAGCAACCAUCCUGCCCAACUUCGUGGGCUUGCGGUUCGCGGUGCACAACGGGAAGACAUACCAGGAUGUUUUGAUCACGGAGGACAUGGUAGGGAGGAAGCUGGGGGAAUAUGUCCCGCUGGAAUUGGAUAGGACUCGCAAGCGCUUCACGUACAAGCAGUCGAAGAACAAAUAG